ACUUAUUUCUCGAAACAACUUUGUAAAAAUGGUGGGCACGAACUUUGGAAUUAUUUACCACAAUAAUGCACCAAGCGGUAGCGGUUCUAGCCAGAAUACCGGUACGACUCCCUCUGCCACUGCAGCAAGUGCUGGCAACAGUGGCGAGCGAGUUACGUCCUCUUCGCACCAUCUGAGUGAUUUUUUGCUGCAACUGGAAGAUUACACUCCCCUCUUGCCGGACGCAGUAACAUCCCAUUAUCUGAACAUGGGCGGAUUCCAAGCCGAUGACAAGCGACUUGUGAGAUUAAUCUCCAUUGCUGCUCAAAAGUACAUGUCGGACAUAAUUGAUGAUGCCCUGCAACACUCCAAAGCACGCACGCAUAUGCAAAACGUAAAUACACCCGGGGGAUCGAAGGCUAAGGAUCGCAAGUUCACCUUGACCAUGGAAGAUUUGCAGCCAGCAUUGGCUGACUAUGGCAUCAAUGUGCGCAAAAUGGACUAUAGCCAGUGAAUAUGGGGCGUCCUUCAAUUUUUUUUAAGAUUAUAUACAUAUAAAUUACAUUAUACAGCGACAACAAACCGUUCAAUAGAAAUAAAACCGCAUAUGUUUAUUAAAUUA